GGAAGUUUACGUGAACCAAGCUAGUAGAAGCUAGCCAUCGGGCUUCCUUUGUUUUUAUCGUGUAAACAAGCACAUCGCGAAGAUGGUUUGUGAAAAAUGCGAGAAGAAGCUCGGAAAGGUAAUCACUCCUGACACCUGGAAGGACGGAGCACGGAAUACCACAGAGAGUGGAGGGCGUAAGCUAAACGAGAACAAGAUGUUGACAUCUAAGAAAGCCAGGUUUGACCCGUACAGCAAGACAGGCUUUGCUAUCUGCAGGAUCUGUAAGAGCUCGGUUCAUCAGGCUGGCUCGCACUACUGCCAGGGCUGCGCUUAUAAGAAAG